UCUCAACUCAACACCACCUCUCAGGAAAACAGAGUUUGCCGAGCGAGAUUAACUAACUGCCAUUUGCGAGUUGCGACAAUGAUCAAGCUGAGGUGCCCCAACCCCAAGAGGCUCUUCAGGAGGAGCUCCUCCAAGGGCAGCAGCUCCGGUAGCGCUAGCAGCGACGACGGCAGCGAUGCCGGUAGCAUCGUCCGUGGCAGCGGCAGCGGGGAGAUCGAGUGGGAGGUGCGGCCGGGGGGCAUGCUUGUGCAGAGGAGGGACUGCAGGGGGGACAUCGAGGUGAUCACCGUUAGGGUCUCCACCGGGUUCUCCUCCUGGCAUGAGGUGUCUAUUGGAGCUACCUGCACUUUUGGUGAGCUGAAGCUGAUGCUGUCCAUGAUGACCGGGCUGGAGCCGAGGGAGCAGAGGCUGCUGUUCAGGGGCAAGGAGAGGGAGGACGGCGACCACCUGCACAUGGUCGGGGUGAGGGACAAGGACAAGGUGCUGCUUCUCGAGGACCCUGCCCUCAAGGACAUCAAGCUCCGGGCCGCCGCACUCGCGGCCCAGGCUGUGCAGAGCCCGUAUCGGACUUUUAUCCAGGUGUAGGGCCGGCCCACCUCGUGUGCCUCGCUAACUGUUAUUAGAGCAAACCAAUCUCGCACAUUCGGCCUGUUUAAGUAGGUGCGAGAAAAGAAAGUUCCUGCUGAUUGGUGAAGUGUGAUCGACUAAGUACCACUCCGAGGAAUGGAAGGGCAAAGGGCCCUCCU